AUCAGCUUCAAGUUUUACAAAAAAAGGGCAAAGUUUAGGAAGCAAAUUAACUUGGAGAGAUGUCGACAAAAUGAGUCUAUGGAGGUAAGAAGGAGGGACCCUGUGUUAGUGGGACAUCCUCUGACAGCAUUAGAACGGGAACUAAAGAGACUGGUCGUUAGAGAGGAGCUAGAGAAGGAACAGCUCCGGAUUAUCAGGGAGAGUGGUCUCUCCAGUAAAGAUGUCAAAAAUAAACUGCUGAAACUUUACGAAUUGUACGAAACAUUCAGAAAUGAGGACAACUCUUGUUUGUCGGGUACAGACACGAAGUACAAUCUUUACAGACUUUAUCACGAGGCCUUCCAAUCUAAGAGUGCAUAUCCACCCCACUCGCCUGUACACAGCACUGCUAAAAUAUGGAAAGAGAGACCUAAGACCAGAGCUGCCACCGCUACUCCCCACCGAACCAUCCACAAGCAGCCAACCAAGCAGCAAGUGCAUACCUCAGUACCUCUGUCAGUACCUGCCACGUUUCCCCACAAUGCACUCCGGGACCCCCCUCCAACCCCCCAUGGUGGGGGCGGUGCCCCCAAUCUUGCGGCGCCUCCUCGCCGGAACCUGGGACCAGGAAACAGAUUAGCGGUUGGGAGGCAGUGCCGACCUCAUUCUGCUCCGGCUGAUUUCCAGUACAACAAACUAUACACUGCUAACAGGUGCUACACGACCCGUAGAACGUGUCAGAAGUGCAGUGUGAGAUGUACCUGUGUCACGUGUUCCCCUCUACAGGAACGUGUAGUUCCCUGCUGGAGAGACAUCACCUGCGCUGUCACCCCCGACAAGAACCAAAUCGAAGCCCACUGGGAAGAAAUGUCGCCGCUGAUCGAGGCUCAACUCCUAGCACAGAAAACAUUGUCACCAACACCUAAACUAAGGACAAAAAGUAGAAAAGCCAAAGAUCCGAAAAAUGCUCCUCCGGACUCCAGAUCAACUGGUCGUAAAAAGAAAGGAAAAAGAAGCAGAGAUGAAGUUCGGAGUGUUAAAUCCAGAGGAGGACAACAAGAAGCCUCACCUGGAACCAAUAAAGUUCAGCAGGCUUGGACACCCAAUCGUCAACUUAAACCUGUUCAACAGACUCCGAAACAAAGGGUGCCAAAGAAAAGAGAAUCUGGAGCUUUUGGACCAACACCUCAAAAGAGGAUGCAACGGCAGAAAACCCAAUAUCAGUACCAAAAGAACAAGAAAACUGAAAAGAGGUACAGGUGUGAUAAAAUAGAAAGUGACUCAGACAGUAGUGAUGGUAACGAAAAUAGUGACAUCCUUGCUGGAAUAGACGAUCUUCCUCUUGAUGAGGACGUGGUUUACACGGGACGGAUCCUGAGGGAGAGGAAACGACACAAGUGGGGAGAUUACCAGGCUAUUCUAACUGCUAGAGCACUCUAUCUCUUCAACAGAGAAUACGACCAUCGACCUAAAGAAAUGUUACCAUUAUGGGGUACAAAGCUUUCAAUUAACGCUGACAAAACAGAUCUCCAAUACUCGUUCAUCUUGAAGACUUCCUCAACACAAAAGAAUAAAGCUAUGUAUAAGAUGUCUUGUCUCACUGAAGACGAGAUGAGGACAUGGUUAACGAAGUUGAGAGAGGCAAUGAAACUUAACAUCGACAUCACCGCAGAAAUAGCUCGCAAUAAGAAACCUUCUGUAUUUGGAGAGUUGCCAGAACAUCCAUCUUGGUCCCACGAGGGUUACAGGAUAGAUGUCAGCUACAUUACAGACAACAUUCUUGUGUGUAGCUUCCCUCCUACUCGGAGUGACGUUUACGAGCUCAAGAGAUUCAUGGACGAUAAACACAAAGGUCACUAUAGAAUCGUUAACGUAUGUGAGAAGUCGUACGACGCAACAAUGUUCGGAGAAAACGUGUCCUCCUACCCCACCCCUCCUAACGGAGUUUCUAGUCUCACAGACAUGUGGAACUUCUGCGAGUUCACGGACAAACUGUUGAAAGAUGAUGACUCCAAUGUUAUUCUGGUUCACUGUCAGACAGGAAAUGUUACUUCCGGACUCUUCGUGGCAUCUUAUCUCGUUCACUCACGGAUAUGCUGGACAUCCGAGCAGGCUAUCAAGCACUUCAGAACGAAGCGAGAGAAUGGUGUAAUAUCGCUACCCUGCCAGAAGAGAUACCUCAAGUACAUUGAAACGAGCGUGAUAGCGGGGGAGCAGCCUGAGGAUAUCAAGCUUCUCUUUUCAAAUGUAUCCAUGUCUAAUUCACCUGCGUUCAAUGAGGAUGGCAGUUGCAAACCCUACUUUGUUGUAUUCCAAAACGGAGAAGAGAUCUACGAGUUUGAGAGCACAGAAUCCUACAAAACGGAGGAACCCAUUUCAUUCCCUCUGGCUCUUCACAUUUCUGGAGACAUCAAACUUCAAUUCUAUUCAGUAUCCGACAUUUUGGGGACGCAGGAGAUGUUCACAGUACACUUCCACACGUUCUACAUCAACUCUUCACAUGUUCGUUUCUCACGUGAUAUGAUUGACGGAGCUCAUCUUAACACGUUUAAGCAGUUUACUGACUCAUUCUCUGUGACACUAGAGGUAAAAUGAGGUCACGUUGGGGUAAAGGGUUAUAAUUUUUAUCCGUUGUAAUAUUAGUAUGGUCACAGUCGAAGCUCCGUGGGAUUCAAUUGUCGGCAAUUUGUUCCGUGACCGUCCAGCCAAUCCUUAUUCCAUAUUUAUCGUUGAAUUAAUUGAGUGUGUUGGUAAAUGAAAAGUAUAAUCGGUGUUGAUCAGUAAAUGUAAAUGUCACAGUUUGACAAUCUUGCUUUGACUGUAAUGUUUGGGGAGGGACUAACUCUAUCAUUUAUUAUUUAUAUUCAAUAUUCAGUAUUCAGAGUUUGAGUUUUUCUUUUCCAACUUUUUAAGAUGAUACAUUUUACAUUGGAGGGUUAUUUGCCAUGUUAUACACAUUUUUCAGAUUAAAUUUAAACACUGAGUGUAGAAUUAGAAACAAUGAAACACGCUUAUUUUUGGUUAUUGUAUUCAUAUCGAUAUUAAAUUGAAUUGCUAUACUUUCAGUAUAUUGAUAUGUAGUUGUACAUAGUGACCAUGUUAGUAUUGGUUAAUUCCAUCACUGUAACUUGAUUUAACUUA